AUGGAAGACAGAGGCUUGACACAGCAAGAAGAAACAAGAGGCAGAAAAGAGGUGGAUGACUGGAUGAAAGUGGCCCAUAUACACAAUGCUUGUGUUAUAAACACUUUGUUGGGCUGAGAACUUGAGCACAGAUUUAUGACAUGUACUCUAUAUGCUGUUUUCUUGCAGACGAUAAAACUAACUUCAGGCGUGUGGUACUGGAAAGAUGAUACUAACACACUUGAAUUUGCAAGCUCCAAUCCAGCAGCUGAGGAAAACCAUAAGGAAGGGAAAAAUACUCACUUUCAGGAAAUGCGUGUCAAGACAUUAAAGAGUAUUUUCCAAGAUGACUGCAGUGCAACACUCCCUGAAAGAAGGCUGACUGACAGAGAAGGAAAAUUGCAUAGGGGGGCAGAAUGGCUACAACAUGAAUAUGUGACUCUGGAUGAUGUAAAACAUGCUGCUUUGCUUUUGAGAAAAGCAAAUGAGUCACAACACAUGUUAUCAUUUGCAGCAGUUAUGAGGAAUGAGAAACUAGAUGAGUUCCUCAUGGCCCUGCUCUUCUACUUGUCUUUUUACCUGGAAAAAAUUGCCCUGGAAAAGAAAUACAGAUCCUUGAUUUCGACUACGAUAUUUUUAGAGAACAGAGAAAUGGACGACGUGUUGGCAAAGUUAGAGGUGGCCAGGAUUCACCUUGCCAAGAUGUAUGGUAACCUUAUCCUCCAACGAGGCAUGGCAGAGCAGCGCCACAAGCCUAGUGGAGAGAGAAGAACCACGUUGCAGAAAGAUCGGCGCUUCUUUGAGGGCCUCUGCAACUUCUGCAGCUAUGUGGCUUGGCUUGUGUUCAGACGGAAGCACUUCCGAGUGAUUCGGGAAGAAAUCAGCAGGCUUCUUUUCCUCGACGUGUUCAAUCCCACCUUAAGUGACAAGAACAAUGUUAGAUUGCAGAAAGCAGGAGACUGGACUGCUGCUGCAAAUGCCAUGCAAUUGCCGUAUCUGAGAAAAGUCCGUGCCAAGCAUCCUCCCGUUAGCAGCAUGGUUCACCAGCGCUCGCCAGUGCUCAGCACGCUGCUGCCCUUACCGAAGGACAGUGCUCAGCACCUCUCCCAGAAACACUUCUCUCGGGGCAGAGACCCUCAACCUGGCACGCGUGAUAGUCUGCCGGACUUCUCCGAAUUGUUCACUACCAAGGUGGGCAUCAUUGGAGCUCAUUGUAGUGAGUUAAAAUCUUUAAUGAGCAUGUCUGAUGGGACAACAGAGGAGGAAGAACAAGAACAGGAAAAAGAACAAGAACACGAACAGGAAAACGAACAAGAAAAAGAAAGAGAACAAGAACAAGGAAGAAUAAGGAGUGUUUUCUCCAUCCUGACAGAUGACCUCCGUUUGCCACCUCUGAGAAACCCCCCGAACAGGCAUAGUACUCAGAGCAAUGUGCUGUCAAGAGCAAUGGCAGAAGGUGACAGAAAUCAGAGCAACUAG